ACCACUUUAGUCUAAUCAGCUUUUAAAGUUGGAAAGAAUCAAAAUACCAAACAAUAAAACCCAUGUUCUACUGUCUCUUUUUCUGCCCAUAUUUUACCAAACUGAUCACUUUAUACACUUUAUUAUGGGUAAGUAGUCGGCAAGACUCCGCCUGAGCCAAUCCUUAACGUCGGAGAAUAAAACAUGUCCGGUAAAGAUGGUUCCAAUGAUCCUCAUAGCUCCGACUCAGAGACUGAGUCAAACUCGAGUUUAGAUUCCGGGACCGAGUCGAACAUGAGCUCUGACUCGACAACUUCCACAGGACUGUCGGCGAUCAUACGAGUCUUGUCUGAUUCUCUGCUUCGAACGGAAUUGGCGGAGAUGGAGAUGAUCAAGGCUCGUGAAGCAGCUAGGUUGGAAGCUGAGAAGAGGAGGUUGGAAAUGGAAGUAGAGUUGACUCGGAUGGUGCUUCAGACUCAUUUGCAAGCGGCGGCGUCGUUACUCGUCGGAGAACAGAAGAUUUCUCCGGCAGGGAGGAGGAGAAAGAGAUCAGAAGAAGGUGAAGAACACGAUGAGCCCUCCUCCUCCACCACAAGGGAAAAGAGUUUAGCUUUGUUGGGAUUACUUCAACUUAACCUGAUUUUUUGGAACUCUUUGACCUGACAAAUUACAACAAAAAAAAAGUCAAAGUCAAAAGGUCAAACUGUCUUAUGAAUUGUGUACUCUUUAUGUGUUUCGAGGGAGGAUACUUCUUUACUCUUUUGUUUAACCUCUAAUGAAUAAUUUUAUUAAUACAAAAUCCAAUAGAAGGUGUGUUGUUUAGUA